AAUUAACCAAUGAAGACGAAGCAUUUCCGAGGUUUUCCGCUUUCCCCGAAGUUCUUGACAGAUCCGACUUCAGAUUGAGAGAAUUCAAGAUGGCUGCUACAGGUUCGAAGUAAAGGGCUAACUCUUUUGGAUCCCACGGUGCAUGAAGCUCUCCUGAGGUUGUGGUGUCUAAUUCCUGCAUCCCACAGCUCCUCCAAUCUCUCAUCAUGUCCUCCACCUCCUCCUCCUACUCUUCCUCGGGAGAGACUAGUCCGGAGGAUGUACCCCGAGGUGGGGGCACGAUCCGAGUCUACCUCCCCAAUAAACAGAGGACAGUGGUGAAUGUUCGACAAGGACAGACUGUGCACGAGAGUCUAGAUAAAGCACUUAAAGUGAGAGGUCUAAGCCAAGAGUGCUGUGCUGUAUUUCGCCUUCUGGAAGGUCGCAAGAGACUGACAGAUUGGGACACAGACAUCACCCCUCUGGUUGGAGAGGAGCUCUUAGUUGAGGUCCUGGAUGAUAUUCCCCUCACCAUGCACAACUUUGUACGGAAAACCUUCUUCAAGCUGGCCUACUGUGAUUUUUGCCACAAGUUUCUUUUUAAUGGCUUCAGAUGUCAGACAUGUGGCUACAAAUUUCACCAGCACUGCAGUAGCAAGGUCCCUACUGUGUGCGUGGACAUGGAUACAGUGAGCAAACGGUGUGAUCCUAAUCCCUGCUCAGAUGAGUAUCCACAGAUAUUAUUGCCAGAGAACUCCCCAUCACAGAGCAACCUAGCCUUAACCCCAGAGCCUGCAGGGAUGGACCUCCUGUCCCCAACUUCGGCCUUUCGCUUCCCCAUGCCAGGUGGAGAUGGCCAGUCUCUACAGAGGCAUCGCUCCACCUCCACUCCAAAUGUUCAUAUGGUCAGCACAGUGGGUCCUGCUGGUGCCAGCAUUAUAGAGGAAGCGCUAAAAUUCAACAACACAAUUGGUCCUGAGCCCUCACCAAAGCCCUCCACAAGCCCACCUUCUUCUCUCGGGUCUCCAGGGAGGAGACCACCCAAGUCUCCCUCAGAGCACAAGGAGCGCAAGCCCUCUUCGUCUGAUGACAAAAAGAAAGUGCACCGAGGGGGCUACAGAGAUUCAAGUUACUACUGGGAGGUCCAUUCAAGAGAAGUCAACAUUCAGAAGAGGAUAGGUGCUGGCUCCUUUGGAACAGUCUUCAAGGGCAAGUGGCACGGAGAUGUGGCAAUCAAGAUCCUUAAAGUCACAGAGCCAACACCAGAGCAGUUACAGGCCUUCAAAAAUGAAAUGCAGGUCUUGAGGAAGACCCGGCAUGUCAACAUCCUGCUGUUCAUGGGCUACAUGACUAAGCCCAACUUUGCCAUCAUCACACAGUGGUGUGAAGGCAGCAGCUUGUAUCGCCAUCUGCACGUCACAGAAACCAAGUUUGACACAAUGCGUCGAAUUGAUGUGGCCAGACAGACAGCACAGGGCAUGGAUUAUCUUCAUGCAAAGAACAUAAUUCAUCGAGAUCUGAAAUCAAACAAUAUUUUUCUCCAUGAGGGCUGGACUGUAAAGAUCGGUGACUUUGGUUUAGCCACAGUGAAGUCUCGUUGGAGCGGCUCUCAACAGGUAGAACAGCCCAGUGGAUCCAUUCUCUGGAUGGCUCCCGAGGUGAUCCGCAUGCAGGACAGCAACCCAUAUACAUUCCAGUCUGAUGUAUAUGGCUAUGGAGUAGUACUGUUCGAGCUGAUGUCAGGGACCCUGCCUUACUCCAAUAUCAACAACAGAGAUCAGAUAAUCUUCAUGGUAGGACGCGGUUACUUGUCUCCAGACCUCAGUAAGCUGUAUAGUACCUCACCCAAGUCAAUGAAAAGGCUGAUCAUUGACUGCCUGAAAUUCAAACGUGAUGAGAGGCCCCUGUUUCCACAGAUCCUAGUAGCCAUUGAGCAGGUUCAAGACCUGCUGCCAAAAAUUGAACGGAGUCGUUCAGAGCCGUCGCUUCAUCGGGCCGUCCAUGCAGAGGACCUGAACCCCCUCCUGUUCCACACCACCAGGCUGAUGCCCCUUUAAUCUCCCCACAGCACUGGGCAGAUGGGCCGACACCCUGUGCAAACCCACAGCAGUUCGUGCCUCAGAGAGGCUAGAGGCGGACUGUCCCGACAGACUGCCACCCUAAACUCAGUUUCCACCCUGCAGUGCCCUGGAGCUACAGCACUUGGUGCAAGAAUCUGUAUAUGCAAAAAGAACCUUAACACAUAAUUUAGUCUUUUCCGUUAAACAAGUGAUAAAGAUCUGCUAAUUAGGAGAAAUAAUUGUCUGCUGUAAUUAAUAUGUUAAAAUGCCUCUGCUCAGUCCUUGAGAAAGACAGAAAAGCCAUCAAACUGGUUGUGAACCAUUCGAUACUUUGAUCUAUGAGGAGGAAUCUUGUGUUGUUUUGAGAAAAAGUAAAAAUAGACGUGUUUUGCACAUCUAAACUGUGUUGCCAAUUUUCAGUGGUAAAAUAGUCUUCAUCAGAUGUUUAAGCAGCACUGUGAUCAUAGCAAAAAUGUUCAGUUCAUUAGCCAUAAUGCUAGAGCUGCUGGUUCAAGGCCACGUGAUCAGCUUAGUUUAGUUUGUCCCCCUGCAGUCAAAUACAAUGUAAAUUUUACCAGCGAUCAGAGGUGUCAAAGUAUUGAUUUAAAGAAAAUGGAGUUCCUGUUUUGUAAAAGAUAUGCCAUUUUGUCUCGAUGGAAGCUCCAGUGUUUACUGCUUUGCCACUUCAGACACUGAAUUUGAGCCAAGAAAAAAAAUGAAAAUAGUUACUUUGGUGAAAGUCUAUCUCGGGAACUUCAGAAAAAUGUCUUAAAUUUGGAUAGAUGUCAAGGAGGCACUCCAUUGUCAUUCCAAUCAACAAGUUAACCAUGGAACCCCAUUGUAGCAACAGACUCAGAAAGUCUGGACUGUGAACACCUACCCCAGCAGGUCCUGGAAAUAUUGGCCAUAGAUCCAAAUGUUUAAAGAAUCCUCGCUGUACUGUGGUAGAGGUAUGAAUCUUGAUUCAGUUAUUCCUCUGCUGAAAACAUUAUUGUUUGGGAACAACACAACAAACCAAGUUCAAACGGUCUUGACAAAUUUCUUUUCAAGUCCCUAAAAAAAAAAGAAAAAUGGACAGAAGUAAUAACCCAUCUUAAGACACUUUUAAUUCCUGAAACAAAUUAAAUUAAGGUUACCUUUACUGUUAUUGCGCUUACUCCACUAGGAUUCUCUCAGCUUGUUGUUAAAUUCAGACUGAGAACAGGAUUAAAUUGUUGGGACCAACAUAUUUUCAGUGUACACAGAAUACAAUUUCUAUUAUUGAAUUUGUCACCCUGAUAUUUAACUCCCAUAAAACAUGAGUUAAUCACCAUUUUUACCCCCAGCAACAAUAAUAGCAUGUAGAAAACUAUUUUGUAGCAAGAGAGUUUGCAUAAGGGGCUCUGAAUAGACAGUUUAGUAUUGAUUGAUCCUGCAACUAUGUUACCUGCUACACCUCAAUACUGUGUAAAAUUAGUGCUCAUCAUGCAAUGCUCUCUGCAGAGCACACUGAAAAAUAAUUUUGAAAAAGAACUCCCAAGGCUUUUUACACCAUUUAUUCUUAUCCGAAAGUCAUCAUGCUCUAGACUGCAUGAUUGCAGAUAAGAUUCCUUUUUACAAAUGUUCUCUUCUUGAAUUCAGUUGUUUUUAGACUAAUUAGGAAUUGACAGACCAUUAGUAAUUUGCAGUCUUAAUGUAAAGAUUAGUUGUGUUGCUGCUGCAAGAUAGUGAGUUGUCUGUCUAGUUUGUUUUUAUAGCCCUCAGAGAUCAGACAUAUUGGGACUGGAGUCCACUGACACAGCACACAGCCUGAGCUAGUCUUAAGAAUGUAUUCUUAAUGCUUUCAAAUGCUGCACCAUGGAUUAGCCACUGGUCAAUAUUUCACAGAUAUACCCUCAGACUUAAACCAUUACUGUAGCUGUUGAUGAUGUAUUAAGACAGUGGGCAACUUGGUCAGUUAGUCAGUUGGUUUCCGUCACACAAUAGGAGGUGUGACAAGUGAUUUGUGUUCUGCAGAUACUUAAGAGUUGAGCGUGCUUCAAAUGAACCAGGUUGUAAGACAUGUAGUCAGACCACAGCUUAAGGUGACCUGUGUUAAACUGUUUUUAAUGGCCUCCGGCAGGAUGAUAAACCUGCUGUUAUAGCUGCCAGUCUUGAAACACAAACUGCGUCCUGAGUCGUACAAUUCAGCGUGGUGGUGCACCAUUUAGGGCUGUCUUCUGAAGGCAUACAUGUGGUUACACGUUACACUCACAGUGUGAGGAAUGAAAUGAAGCCCUUGAAAGUGAAAUUCAAAUGCUGCUUAUUUUCACUUGGCAACAAACUGGCUGAAGUGUGCAUGACUGUCCAAUUUGUCUGUUUGAGAAAAUAAAACCCACAGAUGGUCUGGCUAACCCGCUGGUCCCACUGUUCAAACAGGAGUGCAGGUGCAGUAUGUGAGUGGAUACAUUUUUCAUCUGAAGCAUAAUGAGGCCUUACAAUAUAAUAAAAGCAAACAUGUUUUGUCAGUCAUCCCAUUGUUCAUAUACAUUGAGCUAGCUGGCUAGUUGAGUAGCAGUACUGUAUUGGUGUUAAGAGUAAUGCAAUCGUUCUCAAACUGUUUCUCAAAUCGUUUUUCGAGACAUGUCGUUGUUGUGGAGUGGCAACGCAGACAGCUACCCUGUCUUCAGUACAGUGUGCAUUGACUGAAUGAACAAUGUGCCCAGUGUUUCUUGGUCAAGACUGUUUGUCUGCUCACUGCUCUGGAGAAGAAUGAAUGAACCGAACAGUGACUUGUUGAUCAUGUUGCUCACAGUGUGAUCUCUGGGUUAAGCCUGUAACUAGUCGUCGUGGUUGUUUCGUGACUGAAGUGGUAAAUGGACUCAGUUAGGCAGACACAAAUGGAAGUGUCAGGAUUGUGUUCGACCACCCCAGGCAACACUCAUUGCUCAGGUGUGCACCACUUCAUAAUGCGGUACGUUUCAUAGCAAUUUAUUUGAACAAUAGCUAAAACAGGCUGCCUUACCUAACUUUUAGAUUUGGUCAAAUUAAAAUCUACAGCUGUGUAAAGACUUUCCUAAGUAGUGACUGCAGAUCAGGAGUUCACAUCUUGAACAUCAUGAAUUAUAAACCUAUUCAAAGAAAUGAUUAAAAAAAGCUUUACACCAAUGUGAAACAAUCAAAAGUGUAGGUGAUGGAGGGACUUCAUGUUGGUGCCUCCUUUACUUGAACCAUGCAUGAGGCUGCUGUUGCUCUGCAUCCUGUGUUAUCCGUGACACUUGUGUGAAAUACAGUUUAUCUUACAAGCCUUUCUCUCUUUAGAGCCUCGACAAGCAAUGUAAAGGAUUUCAUAGGUCAUCACAUGAGCAAAAGUCUACUCUAUGUCCUUCGAUUUGUUUCUUUUAGAAAUUGAGAUGACUGAAGCUAAAAUACUAAUUUGAUCAUGAAGUUUUUAAUCAGACCAUUGACACUGUACCAUGUUCAAAGUAUCGGCAGGGAAUCGCUUUAAGUGCUUUGAAUAAAAGGUUCCCAUCAUUUUCACCUGGAAGCUAGUGAGUUCAGUCUCCCAAAUGGAAAUGGUUAAUUCUGAGAAAACAAACAAUACCUGAAGAUAAUACAUUUGUUAAAUUGACAGGGAUGCAGUGGCUCCUGAUAGUGAUUCAAGUGUCACAUCUAUCCCAAUACAAUACUUUUCAUGUAUGAUGCACCUGAGUUAUUGAUCACUAAACAUUCUUACUCUUAAAACCAUAAGUGAUAAGUGAUUCCCCCCCCCAAUGAAACGAUCACGUGAAAUGGGACAAUAUUCUGUCCUCAUUUCAAACAGAAAUCUGCUUUAGUUUGAACUAAUAGAAAUAAUCUUAAGUUUCAAAGUCAUUGUCUUUUUUGUAACACAUUCCCUCCUUGUAAAAAAAAAAAAAAAAGUUAGGAAGGCCAAAAUAAAUGACAGUAAACCUGCAUGUAACUGCCAGAAUGAAGAUACUUGGACUGCUGAAGCCUCAUCAUGUUUGCUUUAAGCACAGGCUGCAUUUUUGCACAGGAGGACAACUUUGGAUUCUGUUGAAUUUCUUACUGUUUGAAACAUCACAUCACAGCCACUAUGGAGAGGAAGACUGACUACAGCAGUCACAGAGUCUUUCGUUUGGCAUGUGAGAAUUGUAUGAAGAGACAAAAAGUCUCACCCUAUCCUUAAAAUCACUGGUGUCAACUAUUACUCUGCCUGUCCCAUUCAAACAACGGACUGCAGGCUCAUGCACAGCAAGAAGUGCCACCUGUUUUGGCUUGAUUGUUGGGUGGAAUCAGUCUGUCUCAGCUCUUCAGGCUUUUAACCAGAGCCCUUACACUGGUAUGUGUUUUUCUUUUUUGUUGUUUUUUCACAGCCUUGUGACAGCUGGGGUUUUUUUGGGGGGGGGGGGGGAUUUAAAAGUAACAACUAAAGUAGCUAUUCAGUUUUGCUCUUUGGAAUUAAUUAAUACAUUGAUAAUUGAUAUAAUUGUUAAUCUGGAAAUUAUUAGCUUUAUGAUACUAAUACUAGUGGAUUUUGCUGUCACACUUUAAGUGUAAAUGGACCAGCAGCAGCUGUGAGGGUGAUGUUUCAGGUGGUGUUUGGUGUUCUGUAAACUGGCAUUGCUUCUCUUUAUACUGUAUGUGAUGUGACUGAGCAGCAGGCAGAACAGAUGUUAACAUUUGUGUCAGUCAUGAAUGAUUGACAGCAGAUCAUACAUUUAAACCUUUAUGUUUUAAUGUGGCGAAAACAGGGGCUGGAUACCCUAAUUUGCUCAUUCCAGUUAUAUGGGUGGAUUGUGGUCAUGGGGACAUUGGUUUUUACAAGCAGGGCUAUGGGUGGGGAUUUGUGAACCAGGGUUGGGAAAGACUUGGUUCCGUCUUUCUCUUAUUUAUUGAUUGAUUGUCUUUGCAGAUGUUCUCAUCUGCGGCCAUGGCUCUUUGGUGAAAUGUUUACGGAGAGAGGUCGCUCUUUGCAACAUUCACGUCAUCACUCUUUCUAACAAGAAUGUUCUUUCAGCAUGGUACUGUCUGCUCCUUAAUGAUUCUGAUACCGUCUCCUGCAGGGGCAUUUGUGAUGGCUUUUUCUUUUAAACAUCUUGAGCACAAACUAGGUAUCAAACUUUUUAGCAACAUUUUGUUCCCAAGUUUUCACUACGAUAGCAUUUGUUAAUGUCAACACUUCAAAAUACUGUAAACAUAGGUUGUUGUAUGAUGGGGAUAUGUGCCAUAUAUAAUAUAAUAUAAUAUAUAAUAUAAUAUAAUAUAAUAUAUGUAUAAUAUGCAAGUAAUUGAAUGGCUUGCUGAAUGAAACAACCCCAUCUUUUUAAUGAGCUGCUUUUAUAACCAUUCAGCAAUAGCAAGGACAGAAUGUCUCGAAUUUCUCUGAGGCGAGAUCAGGAGUGCUUACCAGGUUUUCUGUAAAUCAAUGUCAGAAGCGCAUUCCUUCUCAGAGAGGCUCACUGUAGUGGUGGACUCUUUAUUUUCAUGUACAGACAGGGGAUUGAAUCAUUAUGAGUCAGUUUUGUGUUGGCAUGGUGUCUCCCAAAGUAGACAGUGUUCAUCUGGUAUCUAAAGGAGGAGGGAACAAGUACCAAAGUUACUGGAGAUCCCUGUUAAAAUGGACCCUGAAUGGCUUCAUGACACAUUCGAGAGAAUAUGCGGCCUGCACCAGAGGGGGAUAGCCAGACUUACAACAACUAUUUGUUUCAGAGAAGACGCGGAUGAGAGCUGUAUCAGAGGUUUUUUUUCUUUUCAUAUCUCUAGGUUUGCAAUACAUGUGUUUAUAGUUUCUGAGGUGUCAGGGGUGUUCAGUUUGAAAUAAAUGGUAUAUUCUGCUGUGUACAGUUACAUCUUUUUUAAAUGACAAAAAUUGUACUUGUUUCUAUUUUUGUGUGGUUCCAAAUGAACAAAAUUAUUAAAGUGUAAAGGAGAUCUUA